CCCUGUGUGGGAGCUCUGCGCUUGGUUCCCACAAAUAGGAACAGGUGGCCGCAGUCGGGCAGGCAGAAGCGCCGAGCGCAGCCCUGCUUGUAUACUCACCAUGGACCCCGCUUCACUGCACACGCGGAGGGCCAGAGUGGACUAAACACAGGCUGUGCGCCCGCGAAAGCAAGGGAAGAUCGUUCUCGUUGCUUAUCUUUCUGGGGGACUUGGAUUUACGGUCCGAAGCGACCUUGCAGAUAUAGAUAUUGUUUAUAGAUACGUUUCUCUGGAAAGGGGGGAAUGAAAGUGACCGUUUGCUUCGCGAGAACCAGGGUGGUUGUCCCUUGCGGAGAUGGAGCCAUCACCGUGCACAGCCUCAUUCAGCAAGCCGUCACCAGGUAUCGCCGAGCCAUCGCCAAGGAUCCAGGUUACUGGGUACAAGUACAUCGCCUGGAGCACAGUGAUGGUGGCAUUUUGGAUCUCGAUGACAUCCUCUCUGACGUUGCUGACGAUAAGGACCGACUUGUUGCCAUCUUUGAAGAGCAAGACCCCCACCAUGGUGGUGAUGGAACCAGUGCUAGUUCAACGGGCACUCAAAGCCCUGAUAUGUUCAGCAGUGAAUCGACACCAAACUCCUUGUCUGCAUUUCAACCCUAUCAAGUAUCAAGUGAGAUCGAGGUCACACCAUCUGUCCUCCGAGCAAAUAUGCCACUCCAUGUGCGACGUAGUAGCGACCCUGCUCUCAUUGGUCUUCUGUCCCCAGUAUCAGGACCUAAUCUUAACUCUGCAGAACCAUCUCGCAAAAACCCUACUCGUUGGUCAACAACACCAGGCUUUCCAAAGCCAAGCCAGACAUCAAGUAGCCUUGAUAGAAAAAAGAAGGAGCCAACUCAGAGAAAUCCAGUAAAUGGGCAGGACAAUUACAGGAGUUUGCCAAGAGAUGCAGGCCAUUGGUCAAAUCAAUUUCAACGGGACAAUGCCCGAUCAUCUUUAAGUGCCACUCACCCUAUGGUCGACAAGUGGCUGGAACGGCAGGAGCAGGAGGAGGAAGGGACAGAAGACGAGAACAACAGGACUGAGCCAGUUAUUCGUGCUGAUUCUUGCCUUGAGCACGGACAGAGUUUUUCGCUUAGUGACGUGCUAAAGCUGGUUGAAGUCUCCAAUGAUGGAGGACCUUUGGGAAUCCAUGUAGUGCCUUUCAGUUCCACAGGUGGAAGGACCCUAGGGUUACUGGUGAAGCGUCUGGAGAAAGGUGGUAAAGCCGAGCGGGAAAAACUGUUCAAUGAGAAUGACUGCAUCGUCAAAAUAAAUGGUGGUGAUUUGCGAAAUAUACGAUUUGAACAAGCGCAACAUAUGUUUCGCCAAGCCAUGCGUUCACAUGUUAUUUGGUUCCAUGUGGUCCCUGCAGCAAAUAAAGAGCAGUAUGAACAAGUUCCUUUGGGUGAUAAAAAUGUCAGCUAUUCCAGUCGAAUCAAUAUGGAUACUCAGGGCAAUGAUCGAAAGAGUGCUAUUAACGCAAGUCUUGAUGAAACACCCCAGAGAUUGUCUCGAACAACAAAUGAGGCAGAUCAGACUGCUUCUUAUUCUCACCUACCUCACAAUCAGAAUUCAGCAUCAAAACCUCCGACAGGUCAGAACCUGACUCCCCAAAGAAUUAGUUCUACACCUACCACAAGCUUUAGCACCAAAAAAGUCGGGAAGAAACUCAAUAUUCAGCUGAAGAAAGGUCCCGAAGGUCUUGGGUUCAGCAUCACAUCACGAGAUGUCCCCGUUGGUGGUUCAGCACCGAUUUAUGUGAAAAAUAUCCUUCCAAAAGGUGCAGCCAUCCAAGAUGGCAGGUUGAAGGCAGGAGACCGCCUUCUAGAGGUAAAUGGUGUUGAUUUAACGGGAAAAAUACAAGAGGAGGUGGUGACCCUGCUGAGGAAUACAAAGAUGGGUGGUAGUGUCAAUCUACUAGUCCUCCGGCAAGAAGAAACCUUCCUCCCUCGCGAGCUGAAAAAAGAAUCAAGUCAGAUGCAGGGACCAAGUGACUUGAAAGCAGAGGAUGAUGACUUGGUUCUUACACCAGAUGGCACGAGGGAGUUCCUGACUUUUGAAAUUCCUCUCAAUGACACUGGAUCUGCAGGCCUUGGAGUUAGUGUCAAAGGAAAUAGGUCGAAAGAGAAUCAUGCUGACCUGGGCAUAUUUGUGAAGUCUAUCAUCAAUGGAGGAGCAGCAUCUAAGGAUGGAAGGCUUAACGUGAAUGACCAGCUUAUUGCAGUAAACAGUGAAUCGUUGUUGGGAAAGACAAAUCAAGAUGCCAUGGAAACACUCCGAAGAUCUAUGUCUACAGAGGGAAAUAAAAGGGGGAUGAUCCAGUUGAUUGUUGCCAGGAGGAUAACAAAACAUAAUGAGCUCGAGACACCUGGGAGUCCCCCUGGGCCUGAGUUGCCAAUUGAUGCCGUGAUGGAAGACAGGGAGCGAAGGAUUUCACAUUCACUUUACAGUGGAAUCGAGGGGCUGGAUGAGUCACCCACCAGGAAUAUUGCGUAUAACAGAUUGAUGGGUAACUGCCAAAUGUCCCCAACAGUGAACAUGACCCAAGAUGACAUAGUUAUUAUUGAGGAUGACAGACCACCUGGCAAUCUUCCUCGACUGUCUAAUCAGUCAUCUAUGGGUUACCAUCAUGAAAUGAAUUCUGUAACUUCUGGUCUUUGGGUGAAAGAACCUGAUAAAGAUAGAACAGAUGGUGCUUUAAAUUCAGAUGUCGAUCCUGCCAUUGCCUUUCAGCGAGAGGGAUUUGGACGUCAGAGCAUGUCUGAAAAACGUACUAAACAGUUUGGAGAUGCCAAUCAGCUGGACUUUGUUAAAACACGGAAAUCUAAAAGCAUGGAUUUAGUAGCUGAUGAGACUAAUCUUGAUUCCUUGGCUGAGCAGAUAACCCCAGGCUCGUCGACCAGGGAUGUUGGGCCUUCAUUAGGGCUGAAGAAAUCAAGCUCAUUAGAAAGUCUGCAGACAGCAGUUGCUGAGGUAACUUUGAACAGUGAUAUUCCUUUUCAUCGUCCACGACCCCGCAUCAUCCGAGGAAGAGGUUGCAACGAAAGUUUCCGGGCUGCCAUUGACAAAUCAUAUGAUAAACCAGCAGAAGAUGAUGAUGACGAUGAAGGAAUGGAAACAUUGGAGGAAGACACCGAAGAGAGUUCUAGAUCAGGUAGAGAGUCUGUAUCAACAGCAAGUGACCAACCGUCUUUGGCCAGUGGGCAGCAGUUGGGCACAGUGGAGAAACAGGUCAAUGGUUCAAAAGCCAAAGAGGACAGAAAGAAAGAAAAGUCUGGAAAAGAGAGAGAAAAGAAGAAAGACAAAGAGAAAGAGAAGGAAAAGGACAAAGAGAAGAAUAAAGCAAAGAAAGGGAUGUUGAAAGGUCUUGGAGAUAUGUUCAGAUUUGGGAAAUACCGGAAAGAAGAAAAAAUUGGAAAGCUUGAUCGUAAAGGGUCAAACAAGGGCAAGCUGGAAGAAACUCAUUCAUCUGAAGAUGAGCGGAUACGAAUGAGGCAGGAGCAAGAGAGAAUCCAGGAAAAACACCGGGAAAUUCGGGAGCGGCAGGCCCGAGAACGAGACUAUGCUGAUCCACAAGAUUUGAGCAGAACCUAUGGAUCUGAGGAUGACCCAACAUAUGCUGGCAUGAGUUGGUAUGAAUCUUCUGCGGACAUCGGACGCCAUCUAGUUUUAAACACUCGACCACAGAGUGCAAGGGAGGAAACACAACCAAUGGAAGCAGUCUAUGCCCAAGUGAAUAAACCAAGAAACGGGAAAAUUCCAACUAGUGAAAGUAACAGACUGGCUCCUAGUAAUCAUGAUCGGAUACAGAAGCUAAGAAAUGAAUUUCAGCAAGCGAAGCAAGAGGAGCUCGAGGACAGGAGACGAACAUACAGUUUUGAACAGCCUUGGCCCAGCUCUGGCCCUUAUGCUCAAAGUGGUCGGCACUCUGUGUCUGUAGAAGUCCAGCUUCAGCGCCAGAGACAGGAAGAGAGGGAGAGUUUCCAGCAGGCUCAGCGGCAGUACAGCUCAUUGCCAAGGCAAAGCAAAAAGAAUUCCAGUUCCAUGACUCCGGAAGCAUGGGAUAAAAGUUACACCCCAGGUGAAGGGUUUCAGAGUGCAAAGGACAAUCCCAGGUAUUCCAGUUAUCAGGGUUCUCGGAAUGGCUACCUAGGACAUGGAGUCAAUGCACGGGUUUUGAUGGAGACACAGGAACUGCUGCGCCAAGAGGAACAGCGACAAAAGGAUCAGUUGAUUGCAAACAAGCCCGUAGAAGGGCGUAAUAAUUACGACUCUUACAAACCCGAUCCAGCCUACAGCCUUCCAAAAGGUCCUUACAGGCAAGAUGUUCCUCCGUCCCCUUCUCAGGUAGCCAGACUGUCCCGGUUACAAAUGCAGGACAAAGGUCGGCCGUUCUAUCCGUAACCCCAGAAUAAGAAGGUUGAUGUACAAGGCAAUAAGUCACUUUUUAAGUCACUUUCCUCUGAAUAUCAAAGGAGAAGAACUUCCAAUCUCUUGCAGUCUUUUGCAUCAUUUUUCUAUUCCAGUGCCUUCAGUAAUUUGAGAAAAGACUCACUGGCAUUAACCUGCCAUCUUCUGUCUGUCAUAGCCAGCAGCUGAUAAUACAGAAAGACUUUCUCACAGUUUGACAAUCAGGUGGAAGCUGAAAAAGUCUGUUGUCAUGAGAAUCUAAUCAUGUGAUUCUUCUCCAGACAUCAUGUCUGAUUUUUAGCUACUUAAGGCUGGAUUUAUUCUGCUACCUUCACAGUGCUCCUGUGCGAAACUGUAUUGUGAGGGAUCAUGGAUAUCCAUUUUCCCCAAAUGUAUACAGCUUGGCGUAAAUUGAUGUAUUCAGGAAUAUCAUUACAUUAGUCCCAUGGGGACACUUUUAAAUGUGAAAUUCACUUCAACACCGACUAGAAAAUUUCUGCAUCCUUUCUCCACAAUUUGAAUAUUUCUUGAUUGGAAGAUUGUUGUUUGUGUUUCUGGAUAAAAUAUACCACACUUCAAAAAAAACAAUAAAUUGCUGUGUACUUUUAGCCUAUGUAAUAAUUCAAAUCUGACUGAGAAAGCCCUGUGGAAAUUGUGGAGCUUGAUAAAUUGUGGACCAUACCGUACCACUGUUCAUUGUAAUUCAUCUAGUUCAUUGAUGGAGGAAAGAAUAACUGCCAAUUUCAUGAUUCUUUCAUUUUUUUUUUGGUUUCGUUUACAGCCAGUAACAUACACAGAGGGAGUGUUAGUCCAAUUUGAAAGUCUUGCCUUGUUCUAUGAAUGUCCUGGCCACUGCAAGCCCUUAGGCCAACAAGCAGAGCAAUGUGUCACAUAUCAGGCCAUUGGGAAUUGUGGGGCAAAAUAAAGAAGGGAAACUUGACUAGUUUUCAUGCAAGUCUGUAACACUGCAAAUCUGUUAGGUCAAGUAGGAGACUGUUAAUGCUUCCAGUUUUCAUUAUAUCUUUGUAUUGUACCAGAUGUGAGUGACUAUAUAGUAAACAAUAAUGUCUGUGCAAGUUCAAGGAAAAAAGGAAGAAACAAUUUUGUUUUAUAUAUUAAAAGACACACAAAUAAGUGACUAAUGUUUUAAUAUUACUUUUAAUGUGAUACCCUAGUGUACAUUUGGGAAUUUGGAAAGCUUUCCUUUAAACAAUUUUGUAAGUGCUUAUUUUGGUAUACGGAGGAUGGAACAAUUAAGUGCCUGCAGUUCCUGAUGUGAGAGAGAAUCAUUUUGGGUCAUUUCUCACACACUAGCUGUAUUGGGCACUGUGUGAACCAGGAAGUCCAUGCCUACUUCUUUUAAGGACUUUUUUAUUUCUGUUGAGCUGCUUUCAAAAUAUGGGAAAGCUCUCUGCAAUUAUUGAUGUCUAAUUUGCUUGUUUGUUGCCUUCCUUCCAAUUUUACUAUGAUGUUUUAAACAAAAUGCAAGCACAGUGCAAUCAGUUUUUAAUGGCUCUUUUACACAGUGUAUAAAACAAUGUAAGACAGCUUUCUUGUACAUAUCACUUUAGAAUAAAAAGGCUG